GGUGCAGCGUGGUCAAAAAUUUGGCAGCAACGGCUGUGCGAGAUUAAUGGAAUGCUGGGGCAGCGAUCGGACGCCCGAAAGAGAUAUUGAUCAAGAACGGCUUGACAUCUACUGCUCUUGCCUCAGUGCCCAUCACUUCCGCUGCACUCUCAACAUGUCUUCCUCCAGAUUUUUGCCCGUCAUAAUGCUGCGCCUCCUCCAGCCUCCCCCCACCUACGUACCGUCGUCGUCUGCGUCAAAGCCAUGGACACCAUCCUACCCGCCGCCGCCGCUCUCUGUCUCGUUGCUGUCGCCAAAGACAUCCUUCGACCUCUUGCCGUCGCCGCCAUCGCCGGUGGCACCUACGUCCUUGUGAAGCAUCUCCUGUCCUCGCGCGAACGCCUCCGUCCCGCCGCCGCUCUCUGUCUCGUUGCUGUCGCCAAAGACAUCCUUCGGCCUCUUGCCGUCGCCGCCAUCGCCGGUGGCACCUACGUCCUUGUGAAGCAUCUCCUGUCCUCGCGCGAACGCCUCCGUCUCGCCCCUGGUCCCAUCCGUUGGCCCCUCGUCGGUAAUGCGCCUCAGGUUCCCCUGCUCAAUCCUUGGCUGACCUAUUCCAAGUGGGCGGACACAUACGGUGAUAUCAUUCAUUUAGAUGUCCUUGGCCAGCCCGUCAUUAUCAUCAACUCUGCCGAGGUAGCCAGAGACCUCCUCGACAAGCGAUCCUCCAUUUAUUCAGACAGGCCUCAUCUCGUCAUGGCAUGCGAUCUGGUCGGCUACAGCGAGACCUUCGCUCUCAAGCCCUAUGGCGAGGAAUUCCGCAGGCAGCGCAAACUCGUCAGGCAAGAUUUUGCACAAGGGACCGUUCCGCGCUACUACAAUCUCCAGGAGACUGAGGCGCGCAAGCUUGUCCAAGCUGUGCUCCACGACCCAACCUCGCUUGCUGGCCAGAUGAAGAUGAGGAUCUCGGCGAUCAUCAUGGAGGCCAACUAUGGCUAUACCGUCAAGUCCGAGGACGACCCGUACAUAACCAUUCCGUUCACUUCCAUGGCCAACUUCAGCAAGGCGUGCGCCGUAGGCACGUGGCUCGUUGAUUUCAUACCGCAACUGCAAUACCUGCCUCAUUGGAUGCCAGGGGCAGGUUUUCUCCGCACGGCCCGAGAGUGGCGCGAAAUCUUCAUGAUUGCGAGUUGGACUCCAUACCGAUGGUGCAAGCAGAACAUUUCCACCGGCAUUGCACACACCCCCAGUCUUUGUGCAACAUCGCUCUUGCAAGCGGAUGGUGAGCUGUCCAAGGAAGACGAGUGCACCCUCGUCUGGGCAGCGAUGAGUGCUCUGGGAGGAGGUCUCGAUACGAACGUAUCCACGAUCUUGACUUUUUUCCUCGCCAUGCUCCACUACCCGGGUAUCCAGGCCAAAGCACAAGCAGAGAUCGACGCAGUGGUUGGGACGGAUCGUCUGCCGUCGAUCACUGACAGGGCGUCGCUCCCGUACGUUCGCAGCCUGGUUACGGAAGUGUACCGGUGGAAUCCUGCUGUGCCCCUCUGCCUUCCUCAUGCGCUGAACGAGGCGGACGUGUACAAUGGCGUUCACCUUCCGAAGGGUUCUAUCGUAGUACCAAACGUUUGGCACAUGCUUCACGAUCCGACGACGUACGCCGACCCGAUGGAGUUCAAGCCUGAGCGGUACAACAACUCGGACGCCGAGAUGCAGAAGGUCACCGAUCUGGCGUUCGGGUUCGGACGGCGGGCAUGCCCGGGGUACUACUUUGCCCAAGGCACCAUAUUCGCUGUGAUCGCCACCGUGCUCGCCACCUGCGACGUCGUCCCAGCUGUCGAUGAUCGUGGCGCGCCGGUCAUUCCUGAGGUUGCGUAUACGUCUGAAACCAUCGUGUUUCCUAAGCCGUUCAAGUGUAAUGUCAAGAGUCGGACGGAGCGUGCGCGGGCGUUGCUGGCUCACAGUAUGCCCCCUCCUGAAUGAAUUGUUGUAGGCAGACAGAUGCUGCUCUAUGUUCUCUGGGGUUGUACGUUGAAUACACGUGUGGUGUAUUGGCUGAUGUCUUACUGUGCGACGAUGCUCUAAUUCCUUGACUUCUUUCAUGAAGGCUAACCUACGUACAUCUAAUGGACAUGUGUGCCUCACAUUGGGCUAUGACAAUAAUCUCAAAGCCGGGCAGAAUCAAUCUUUCAAUGUUUCAAAAUUCCAGCGGUCAUGAUUCUCGUCAAUGCUUGAAAGGUUAUUUCCAAUGUGAUGAAGUGUACCGUCACAAUCACGAUAGGUAUCGUCAAUGAAACCUC